CAGUGACGGCAGGCUGGAGUUUCGAAAGCGACGGAGGCUAGACUGCGAGACGAUUUACGGUCGGGGCAACAUCCACAUCACCUAUUCCCCCUUUGCAUUGAUGUCUCUGCCCCUGUUGCGCUUUUAAUGAGAGGCAGAUGUAUAUAUUAUUUUAGAAAUAUGCUUAGAAGCCGCGUUCCUCCUUUCUGAAUGAUUGUUGGCAGUAUUUCCGAUCAGUACUGAGGUCGCAUCUCCUGAAAGUAGCGGAUUUUUAUCUUUCUCUCUUCAUUGAAAAUAUCACUCUCCUAGACAAACACGUCGCGCAAACAAGUUCAUAAAUGGUGGAAGCCAUUGUGGAGUUUGAUUACCAGGCCCAGCACGAUGACGAGAUGACCAUCGCUGUUGGUGAUAUCAUCAGUAACAUCAGGAAGGAUGAUGGGGGCUGGUGGGAGGGGGAACUGGAAGGUCGAAGGGGCCUCUUCCCCGACAAUUUCGUCAGGGAGAUUAAAAAGGACACAAAGAAGGAGGUUAAAAAAGAGUCAAGUUUGGCCGGAUCCAAAUCAGACCUGUCCAAUGGCAGUGCCAGCCCGAAAUCAGAACCCAGCCUCAGACCCGCCAAGAAAGGUGAAGCGAUCCGAAAAAGACGCUGCAAAGCUUCCUUCAGCUACACGCCACAGAACGAAGAUGAGCUGGAGCUGAAGAUCGGAGAUGUUGUUGAGGUUCUGGGAGAGGUGGAGGAGGGCUGGUGGGAAGGCUUUCUCAAUGGCAAAACUGGGAUGUUCCCCUCUAACUUCACUAAAGAGCUGUUGGCUGAGACGGAGGUUGUUCAUCCACAGGACGACUCUAGAAGCACGAGGACCAGUAUGAAGGACAGCACCGGUUCAGAGAGCGACGGCGGGGACUCCAUCAGUUUACGCUCCGAUACCGGCAGCGUAUCUUCGACCUCUGAGAUUCAACCCAAAAAGGUCCGGGGGUUUGGCUUCGGGGACAUCUUCAAAGACCAACCCAUCAAGCUCCGCCCACGAUCCAUGGACAUGGAGAAUGAGGCAGAAAAGCCUCAAAUGGUAAAGAAAGUGGCCCCGGCUGUUGCCCAGGAAACCAUGAAAGCGGAGCCUGAGAACAAGGCCAAAGCAAAGGAGUUUUGCAAAGUAAUUUUCCCAUACGAAGCUCUGAACAAAGAUGAGCUGUCAAUCAAAGAAGGAGAUAUUGUUACGAUUGUCAAUAAGGACUGCGCAGAUGCUGGUUGGUGGCUCGGAGAGAUGAAUGGCAAACAGGGAGUUUUUCCAGACAACUUUGUGAAGUUAUUCAUUCCUGAGGUAGAAAAAGAGAGACCUAAGAAACCUCCUCCUCCUGCAGCACCGACUACUAAACACAUCACAGACAAAAAGACAGACGUAAAAAAGGUUCCACCAGAACGACCUGAAUCUCUCCCACACAGAGCCGAGGAAAAAGGCGAAGAGACGAAGUUGACGGAGGUUCCGAAGCCCUCCCUUCCAGCUGUCCUCCCAAAGAAGCCCCUCCCACCGAAGAACAACAGCUCGCUAAAUCGACCGUCAUCCCUGCCACCCAAACGCCCUGAGAGACCAGCUGUGCCCAAUCUACCGUGUGACAGUCCAAAGGCUGACAGCAGUGUGACCGGGGCUGACCGGGUCUCCACUGACAAAUCUGUAGAUAUCGACGUAGAAGACUUCGACUCCGUCAUCUUAUCCACAGAGAAGCUGAUCCACCCCACAGCAUCGCGUCCACGCGUGAUGGACCGACGGCCACGGUCGCAGAUCUUCAUGUCUUCCUCUCUCUCAAGUCCUGACCUCCUGGACUCCCCAUCUCCAGAGGAGGAGAGGAGAGACAAGGAGGAGCAGGACACAUUCCCUCCCAAAAGUCUUGACAACUCCAAGAAGAUGCCCAAGGCAGUGCCUGUGAUAACAGCACCUGAGAAAACAGGUUUGCCUCCCAAGCCCACCAUUCCAGCCUCAUCCGGGUCCAGUGGAGCUUCUCUCCAGCAGGGCGGUGCUAGUCUACGACCCCGCUCCCCUUCCAUCGAUGCCAGAGGGAAAAAUGAACAGGGUACCGCCACACUGGAGGAACUCCGAGCACAAUUACGAGAGCUGAGAGGAACCGUUGAACUGAUGAAGAGCCAACACAAACAAGAAAUCAAGCAGCUGGUUAGUGAGCUGGAUGAGGAGAAGAGGAUUCGUAUAUCAUUGCAGAUGGAAGUGGAGCAUAUUAAGAAAUCCCUGUCUAAAUAAACUCAAGCAUGCUGGAUGAAUGAAGGACAUGAAGGAUCGGGCUGACGUCUCUGAGCGCAGCCAAAGCAGACUGUGCCAAAAAAGGACAAAAACGUAUCAGAACAACUGCUUAAAAAACAAACAACUGUUUACCCAAAUUCACUUUUAGUUUUGUUUGUGUGCUUGUUUUUAAGAAGCUUGUUUUUUGCCUGUUAUGCUGGUCACUGAUUCACACACCCAUUGCCUGAGUGUGGCCGUACUGUGGGUCAUGUGACUCAAUGAUGAUGAAGGCCCACACCUGGAGACAGGUGAUGGUGGUUGCCAUGGGGAUUAGCUGGUCUUCUGCACAAGAUUGCACAACACAGUUACCCCAGCACUCUCUCUCUCUCUCUGGUACUGCCUCUGGACGUACUGUAAAUCAGAGAAAACAUCAAAUGAAGGAGAAUUUGGUGCGUUUUACUUAAAUACUGUUCACCUUACAUUUUUUUUCUUUAGCCUCUGAGGCCUUCUUUUAUUGUCAUUAUAUGCAAAGGUGCGUUUCGCACCUUGCACAGCAAACCCCACACAGAGGCCUUGUUUAUUUGGAACGUUCCAAACUUUUCCGUCUUUUCUGUUUCUCUUAUGUUGGUGAUGACAAUGAGAAAACUCACAUUUUCUUUUCUUGACUCAGUUAUUUCUUCUAAAUCUUCUAUAUAUACUUUUAUAUUUUAAUGUACUAAAAUGCAAUUAUGUGUGCAGAUUUUAUUAAAAAAUGAAGAUACUUGAAGAAUGUUGC